GUGAGCACGUUUAGGAACGAUUAUAACCGGCGUGUAAGCAUGGAUUUGCUGUAUGAAUACGUGAGCGUCAAACACGUUAGGCCGCAUGUUUUGUCUUUAGGAACUGCAGCAGGUAGCGGCCAGGUCAGUGCCACCAUGUCCGGCACAGCCACCGUGUUGCAGCAGUUCGUGAGCGGCCUGAAGAGCCGUAACGAGGACACCCGGGCCAAAGCGGCCAAGGACCUCCAGCACUAUGUUACUACAGAGCUCAGAGAGCUGAGCCAAGAUGAGGCGACAACCUUCUAUGAUGAGCUGAACCACCACAUAUUUGAGAUGGUCUCCAGCUCAGAUGUGAAUGAGAAAAAAGGAGGCAUUCUUGCCAUUGUGAGCUUGAUCGGAGUAGAAGGAGGCAAUGCCACUCGCAUCAGCAGAUUUGCCAACUACCUUCGCAACCUGCUACCCUCAAGUGAUCCUGUUGUCAUGGAGAUGGCCUCCAAAGCCAUGGGUCAUCUCUCUAUGGCAGGGGACACCUUCACAGCAGAGUAUGUGGAGUUUGAGGUGAAACGAGCCCUGGAGUGGCUGGGAGCCGACAGGAACGAGGGGAGACGGCACGCAGCGGUGCUGGUUUUGCGGGAGUUGGCCGUCAGCGCGCCAACCUUUUUCUUCCAGCAGGUGCAGCCUUUCUUCGACAACAUCUUCUAUGCGGUGUGGGAUUCCAAGCAGGCCAUCCGAGAGGGCGCGGUGUCUGCUGUCAGGGCCUGUCUGAUCCUCACCACUCAGAGAGAGACCAAAGAGAUGCAGAAGCCUCAGUGGUACAAGCAAACGUUUGAGGAGGCGGAGAAGGGCUUUGACGAGGCGCUGUCUAAAGAGAAGGGCAUGAAUAAGGAUGACCGAGUUCAUGGUGCUCUGCUCAUUCUUAAUGAACUGGUGCGGAUCAGUAGCAUGGAGGGAGAGCGUAUGCGUGAGGAGAUGGAGGAGAUUACACAGCAGCAGCUGGUCCAUGAUAAAUACUGUAAGGAACUGAUGGGCUUUGGCACCAAGCCACGUCACAUCACACCCUUCACCAGUUUCCAGUCCGUGCAGCCGCCCCAGUCCAACGCCCUGUUAGGACUGCUGGGAUACAGCACGCCUCAGGGCUUCUUCAGCUUCGGAGCCACGCCCGUCCCCUCCAAAAGCACGCUGGUGGAGAGCCGUUACUGCAGAGAGCUGAUGGAGGAGCGCUUUGACCAGGUGUGUCGCUGGGUGCUGAAGUACAGGACCAGUAAGAAUCCUUUGAUCCAAAUGACCAUUCUCAACCUGCUGCCACGCCUGGCUGCCUUCCAGCCUCAUACCUUCACAGACCAGUAUCUGUCAGACACCAUGAACCAUCUGCUGGGCUGUCUGAAGAAGGAGAAGGAGCGGACAGCGGCGUUCCAGGCCCUGGGCCUGCUUGUGGUGGCCGUGCGGGCGGAGAUCCAGCCCUACCUCACCAGGAUCCUGGAGAUCAUCAAAGCCGCUCUGCCGCCCAAAGACUUCGCUCACAAGAGGCAGAAGAGCAUGCAGGUGGAUGCCACAGUGUUUACAUGUAUCAGCAUGCUGUCCCGGGCCAUGGGCCCCAGCAUCCAACAGGAUGUCAAAGAGCUGCUGGAGCCCAUGCUGGCAGUGGGGCUCAGCCCUGCGCUGACGGCCGUGCUGUACGACCUGAGUCGUCAGAUUCCACAGCUGAAGAAGGACAUUCAGGAUGGGCUGCUGAAGAUGCUCUCCCUGGUCCUGAUGCACAAACCUUUACGCCACCCGGGGAUGCCCAAAGGCCUGGCCCACCAGCUGGCGUCACCCAGCCUCACCAACAUCCCCGAGGCCAGUGACGUUGGCAGCAUCACGCUGGCGCUCAGAACGCUGGGCAGCUUCGAGUUUGAGGGUCACUCCCUGACACAGUUUGUCAGGCACUGUGCGGAUCAUUUCUUGAAUAGCGAGCAUAAGGAGAUCCGUAUGGAGGCGGCAAGAACCUGCUCCCGUCUCCUCACCCCCUCCAUCCAGCUGAUCAGCGGCCAUGGGCAUGUGGUGAGCCAGACGGCCGUGCAGGUGGUGGCAGACGUCCUCAGCAAACUGCUGGUGGUGGGCAUCACCGACCCAGACCCUGAUAUCCGUUACUGUGUGCUGGCGUCCCUGGACGAGCGAUUUGAUGCUCACCUGGCCCAGGCGGAGAAUCUGCAGGCCCUGUUUGUGGCUCUGAACGACGAGGUGUUUGAGAUCAGAGAGUUGGCCAUCUGCACCAUCGGGCGCCUCAGCAGCAUGAACCCCGCCUUCGUCAUGCCCUUCCUCCGCAAAAUGCUCAUCCAGAUUCUGACUGAGCUGGAACACAGCGGCGUGGGCAGGAAUAAGGAGCAGAGUGCUCGGAUGCUGGGCCACCUGGUCUCCAACGCACCCAGACUCAUCCGGCCAUACAUGGAGCCCAUCCUAAAGGCGCUCAUACUGAAGCUGAAGGAUCCAGAUCCAAACCCAGGAGUGGUGAUCAGUGUCUUGGCCACGAUAGGGGAGCUGGCCCAGGUGAGUGGUCUGGAGAUGAGAAAAUGGAUGGAUGAACUUUUCCCCAUAAUCAUGGACAUGCUGCAGGACUCCUCCUCACUGGCCAAGAGACAGGUGGCGCUGUGGACUCUAGGCCAGCAGGUGGCAAGCACAGGCUACGUGGUGGAGCCCUAUAGGAAGUACCCGUCUCUGCUGGAGGUCCUGCUUAACUUCCUGAAGACGGAGCAGAACCAGGGCAUCAGGAGAGAGGCCAUCCGUGUGUUGGGGCUGCUGGGAGCCUUGGACCCGUACAAACACAAGGUCAACAUUGGCAUGAUCGACCAAUCACGCGAUGCCUCAGCUGUCAGCCUCUCUGAGUCCAAAUCUAGCCAGGAUUCUGCUGACUACAGCACCAGUGAGAUGUUGGUGAAUAUGGGUAACUUGCCCCUGGAUGAGUUUUACCCAGCGGUUGCCAUAGUGACACUGAUGCGUAUUCUGCGGGACCCUUCCCUGUCCAAUCACCACACCAUGGUGGUGCAGGCGGUCACCUUCAUCUUCAAAUCCCUGGGCCUCAAGUGUGUGCAGUUCCUCCCACAGGUCAUGCCCACCUUCCUCAACGUCAUACGCAUGUGUGACGCCAGCAUCAGAGAGUUUCUGUUCCAGCAAAUGGGGAUGGUGGUGUACUUCGUUAAGAUCCACAUCCGUCCGUACAUGGAUGACAUCUUCACCCUGAUUAGAGAGUACUGGACCCCUAACAACCCUAUGCAGAACACCAUCAUUCUGCUGAUCGAGCAGAUUGUAGGAGCCUUGGGCGGAGAGUUCAAACUUUACCUUCCUCAGCUCAUCCCACACAUGCUCCGUGUUUUCAUGCAUGACAACAGCACUGGACGCAGCGUCACCAUCAAGCUCCUCAAUGCCAUUCAGUUGUUUGGGGCCAAUCUGGACGACUACCUCCACCUGCUGCUGCCUCCCAUCGUCAAGCUGUUUGAUGCUCCAGACGUCCCCUUGCAGGCUCGCAAAGUUGCCUUGGAAACCUUAGACCGAUUAACAGAAUCUCUGGACUUCACGGACUACGCUUCCAGAAUCAUCCACCCCAUUGUGCGCACUCUGGAUGGAACGCCGGAGCUCCGCAGCACUGCCAUGGACACUUUGUCCUCUUUGGUUUUCCAGCUUGGCAAAAAGUACCAGAUUUUUAUCCCCAUGGUGAAUAAAGUUAUGCUGAAGCACCGGAUAAACCACCAACGCUACGAUGUUCUCAUCUGUCGAAUCGUCAAGGGGUACACUCUGGCCGAAGAGGAAGAGGAUCCCCUCAUUUUUCAGCAUCGUCAGUCGCGUGGUAACCAAGGUGAUGUGCUGGUGAGCGGACCGGUGGAAUCGGGCCCGAUGAAGAAGCUGCACGUCAGCACAACGGCGCUGCAGAAGGCGUGGGGAGCAGCCAGAAAGGUGUCAAAAGAUGAUUGGCUGGAGUGGUUGAGGAGGCUGAGUGUGGUCCUCCUAAAGGAGUCUUCGUCUCCUGCCUUACGCUCCUGCUGGUCCCUCGCCCAAACGUACAUUCCGUUAGCCAGAGACCUGUUCAACGCAGCAUUCCUGUCGUGCUGGUCGGAGCUGAGUGAAGACCAGCAGGAUGAGCUGAUCCGUAGUAUUGAGCUGGCUUUGACCUCACAGGACAUCGCAGAGGUCACCCAGACCCUGCUGAACCUGGCGGAGUUUAUGGAGCACAGUGACAAGGGUCCACUUCCUUUGAGAGAUGAUAAUGGUAUCGUUCUCUUGGGGGAGAGAGCAGCUAAAUGUCGUGCCUAUGCCAAAGCCCUGCACUACAAAGAGCUGGAGUUCCAGAAGGGACCAUCUCCUCUCAUUCUGGAGUCUCUCAUCAGCAUCAAUAACAAGCUGCAGCAGCCAGAGGCAGCUUCUGGGGUUCUGGAGUAUGCAAUGAAGCACUUUGGCGAACUGGAGAUCCAGGCGACAUGGUACGAGAAGCUGCAUGAAUGGGAAGAUGCCUUGGUGGCCUACGAUAAGAAGAUAGACAUGAAUAAAGAGGAUCCAGAGCUCAUCCUGGGUCGGAUGCGCUGUUUGGAAGCGCUGGGUGAAUGGGGUCAGCUACAUCAGCAGUGCUGUGAGGAGUGGACUCUGGUCAGUGAGGAGACUCAGGCCAAGAUGGCACGCAUGGCUGCAGCUGCAGCCUGGGGUCUAGGCCAUUGGGACAGCAUGGAGGAGUACACGUGCAUGAUUCCCAGAGACACACAUGACGGAGCCUUUUACAGGGCGGUGCUGGCACUGCACCAGGACCUCUUCUCAUUGGCACAACAGUGUAUUGACAAGGCCAGGGAUCUGUUGGAUGCAGAAUUGACAGCCAUGGCUGGAGAAAGCUACAGUCGGGCCUAUGGGGCCAUGGUAUCAUGUCAGAUGUUGUCUGAACUGGAGGAAGUGAUCCAGUAUAAACUGGUUCCUGAGAGAAGAGACAUAAUCCGUGAGACGUGGUGGGAGAGACUGCAGGGCUGUCAGAGAAUCGUGGAGGACUGGCAGAGGAUCCUCAUGGUUCGGUCUUUGGUCAUCAACCCUCACGAAGACAUGCGCACCUGGCUAAAGUACGCCAGCCUGUGUGGGAAGAGCGGCCGUCUGGCCCUGGCUCACAAGACCCUGGUGCUGCUGCUGGGAGUGGACCCUUCCAAACAACUGGACCACCCCUUACCCACCGCCCACCCCCACGUCACCUACGCCUACAUGAAGUAUAUGUGGAAGAGUACCCGCAAGAUCGACGCCUUCCAGCACAUGCAGCACUUUGUGCAGGUCAUGCAGCAGCAGGCCCAGCACGCCAUUGCCGCCGAGGACCAGCAACACAAACAGGAACUCCACAAACUCAUGGCCAGAUGUUUUCUGAAGUUGGGUGAGUGGCAGUUGAGUCUCCAGGGGAUUAAUGAGAGCACCAUUCCCAAAGUGCUGCAGUAUUACAGUCACUCCACUGAACAUGACCGCAACUGGUACAAGGCCUGGCAUGCGUGGGCAGUGAUGAACUUUGAGGCUGUGCUGCACUAUAAGCACCAGAACCAAGGCCGAGACGAGAAGAAGAAACUGCGUCACGCCAGCGGAGCCAGUGGCAACAGUGAGGCCAGUAACAGCGACAGUGAGGCCGACAGUACAGAUCACAGCCCUGUGCCUUCACCCGGACAAAAGAAAGUCAACGAGGACCUGUCUAAAACUCUGCUGUUGUACACUGUUCCUGCGGUCCAGGGAUUCUUCAGGUCUAUCUCACUGUCACGGGGAAACAACCUGCAGGACACACUGAGAGUGCUUACACUGUGGUUUGACUACGGCCACUGGCCUGAGGUCAAUGAGGCACUGGUGGAGGGCAUCAAAACUAUACAGAUAGACACCUGGCUACAGGUAAUUCCCCAGCUGAUAGCCCGAAUUGAUACUCCCCGUGCUUUGGUUGGACGCCUCAUUCAUCAGCUCCUUACCGAUAUUGGCCGAUACCACCCUCAGGCUCUGAUUUACCCACUGACUGUGGCAUCCAAGUCCACAACCACCGCUCGCCACAACGCAGCCAACAAGAUCCUGAAGAACAUGUGUGAACACUGCAACACACUGGUCCAGCAGGCCAUCAUGGUGAGUGAGGAGCUGAUCCGCGUGGCUAUCCUGUGGCAUGAGAUGUGGCAUGAGGGACUGGAGGAGGCGUCACGACUGUAUUUUGGAGAGCGGAACGUAAAGGGCAUGUUUGCCGUGCUGGAGCCUCUUCAUGCCAUGAUGGAGAGAGGCCCUCAGACGCUGAAAGAAACCUCCUUCAACCAGGCGUAUGGUCGUGAUCUGAUGGAGGCACAGGACUGGUGCAGGAAAUACAUGCGCUCUGGUAAUGUGAAAGACCUGACACAGGCCUGGGACCUCUAUUACCACGUCUUCAGGAGGAUCUCCAAACAACUGCCACAGCUCACCUCGCUGGAACUCCAGUAUGUCUCUCCCAAGCUCCUGAUGUGUCGUGACCUGGAGCUGGCCGUGCCGGGCACGUAUGAUCCCAACCAGCCAAUCAUACGCAUCCAGUCCAUCGCCCCCUCUCUGCAGGUCAUCACCUCCAAACAGCGCCCACGCAAGCUCACCAUUAUGGGCAGUAAUGGGCAUGAGUUUAUGUUCCUGCUGAAGGGCCAUGAGGACCUGCGGCAGGACGAGAGGGUGAUGCAACUCUUUGGUCUGGUCAACACUCUGCUCGCCAAUGACCCAGCCUCUCUACGCAAGAACCUCAGCAUUCAGCGAUACGCUGUGAUUCCACUGUCCACAAACUCUGGUCUGAUUGGCUGGGUGCCUCACUGUGACACGUUGCACGCCCUGAUCAGAGAUUACCGGGAGAAGAAAAAGAUCCUGCUCAACAUCGAGCAUCGAAUCAUGCUGCGGAUGGCCCCAGACUACGACCACCUGACCCUGAUGGAGAAGGUGGAGGUGUUUGAGCAUGCAGUCAAUAACACGGCGGGAGACGACCUGGCCAAGCUGCUUUGGCUCAAGAGUCCAAGUUCAGAGGUGUGGUUUGACAGGAGAACCAACUACACUCGCUCGUUAGCCGUCAUGUCCAUGGUGGGCUAUAUCCUGGGCCUGGGAGACAGACACCCGUCUAAUCUGAUGUUGGACAGACUCAGUGGGAAGAUCCUCCACAUUGACUUUGGUGACUGUUUUGAGGUUGCCAUGACCAGAGAGAAAUUCCCUGAGAAAAUUCCUUUCCGACUGACCCGGAUGCUGACUAAUGCCAUGGAGGUCACUGGUCUGGAUGGGAACUACAGGAUUACGUGUCACACAGUGAUGGAGGUGCUGCGAGAGCACAGGGACAGCGUGAUGGCUGUCUUAGAGGCCUUCGUCUAUGAUCCUUUACUCAACUGGAGGCUAAUGGACACUAACACAAAGGGUAAUAAACGCUCCAGGACUAGGACGGACUCAUACACAGCCGGACAGUCGGUCGAGGCCAUGGAUGGCAUUGACCUGGGAGAGACCACACACAAGAAAGCAGGAACCACUGUACCUGAGUCCAUUCACUCCUUCAUUGGAGAUGGUCUUGUCCAGCCUGAGGCCUUGAACAAGAAAGCAAUCCAGAUUAUCAACAGGGUACGAGACAAACUGACCGGCCGUGACUUCUCUCAUGAUGAGACCCUUGACGUACCGACCCAGGUGGAGCUCCUGAUCAAACAGGCGACGUCUCAUGAGAACCUGUGCCAAUGCUACAUCGGAUGGUGUCCGUUUUGGUAGUGUGGAUCUGCAGAUCUCCUGCUUCGGUGUCUGCUGUUUGCUAAUGUAUUCUGCCUAUGCCAUGUUUGUUAAAAGUCUGCUACAUAGACUAAGGGGUAAAAUAUGUUACAUUAAGACAACAUUUUUACCUGUGUCUGACUUUUAUUAUAAUUAAUAUGUCACAACUGAAGGUUCUUUGAUGCACAAAAUAAGUUAUGAUUCAUAAUGGUGUUAAUCUGGAAUAUUGUAUGA